CGAGCCACUCCCAAUCCGGAUAUGGUUUAAUGGUGAAGUUCUCUGAUUGACAGCGGUUUGGUGAGCGAAACGAACAAGCCGUUAAAGUGGCGGUUUCCUCUGUCGGAAGAAUGGCCCGUGUCUUUGUCUACGGAACCCUUAAGAAAGGGCAGCCAAACUACCCGUAUAUGAAAGACAGGACUCAUGGAAUAGCCAAGUUCCAGGGCAGAGGAAUCACAGUGGAAAAAUACCCCCUGGUGAUUGCAGGAAAAUACAACAUUCCUUUUUUGCUGAACACCCCAGGAACUGGGCACCGUAUUGCCGGAGAGAUUUAUUCUGUCGAUGACCAGAUGUUGCAAUUCCUUGAUGAAUUUGAAGACUGCCCAGACAUGUAUCAGCGUACUCCAAUGAGAAUUGAAAUAGUUGAAUGGGAAGGUACAAGCCGGGCACCUGAAGAGAGGCCAGCUGUCAACAGCACUCUGGAAUGCUACGUGUACAGCACUACAGCUUACCAGCCCGAGUGGCUAAAUCUCCCUUAUUAUGACAACUAUGAUUCCUUUGGGAAACAUGGACUCUUAUACGUACUAAGGGAAAGCAGGGUGGAUAAAAGUCAAUGAUUUAAAAAGUAAUCAGAUUUUUUUUUGAUAAAAUGCUUUUUGAGGAGAAAACAUCUGAAAGAUAAUUUUAAUUGAUAGUUUAAUUAUAGCUCAAAGGAAUAGGGAUUAUAAAUUCUAAUUCUAUAGUAUGAGAUAAGGUAUUCAUAACAUUUAAGAAAAGUUUUGUAAACGAGUUUAAAACUGGAAGAUAAACCGCUUAUGUUGAUCAAAGACACUGAAUAAAAUAUGUAGCGCUCUGUGGUGAAAGGAAAACGAACGAGCUGGAUCCAAACUUCCACCGGCAGACAGAAACUGGCAGAGCAGGACUCCCUGCCACCUGCCGCUCACCGAGCUCCCCCAUGAAAUUCUGCUCCUGGAGGGGGCAAGGGAGGAACCCUCAGGAGCCGUGUGAGGGCACAGUGUAGGUGAGCUCUGGGAGGGAGGCAUCAGUAGGAACUUCCUUCCUCUCCUCUGUCAAUGUAAGCUGGCAGAGGCAACUAUUUGGAUCCAACCCAUGGAUUCUGACCAGGAGACAGCUGAUUUCAAACUACUGUGGUCAGGCUUGCAAACUUUUUUACUUGCCUAAUCAAAUGACAGAUGAGAUGUUUUAACUGUAGUUCUCGGUUUACAACUUUAGCCAGCUUUUUCUUUUUUUUCUGCUGUAUUGGCAGUUUACUAGGGGAGGGCGGGGGAGACCACUCAAGCUCAGUCUAAACUUUUUUUCAUUACUGCACAGACUUCACACAAGCCACAAAAUUGUUCUUGGAAGAAACCCUUUAAUCAAGUGCUGAGGCAUGAACGAGUUCAUGAAAGGGACCAAGCCACCAACAAAGAUGUGUUCAGUAAACUCCCAAAGUCCAAGCCUCUGGGUUUCAGUACCUGACAGUGAGCCAAGAUGGGCAGGCAACAUUACCCAUGGACCAGCCUUUCAUGGCACGGCAUUGUUCUGCUGUGGAGUAACGAUCAUUGCUCCAGAAAUGUAAAUAGAGUUGAUGCGCUGCCAAGGAGUUCAGUCACUACAGAUGCUAGCAGCAACAGAGGCGUGAGUAAAGAAGGAAUGCAUGUUCUCAUGAGUGCUACUCAAAUGGUGUUUCUGCUCCCAUGGAGGCCUCCUUACUACUUCCUUCACUGGCUCCUUUCUUGGUCAGAUUAGGUUUCUUUACCAUUAUGCUCUUUAGUCUAUUUAGCUCCGUAGGUAACAACUGUACUUCGGCAGCAUGGUUAACCAUAGAUUUCAUUGCAAAAUAUACCUUGGUUGUUGUCAGGGCUUUUUUUCUGGGGAAAGAGGUGGUGGAACUCAGUGGGUUGCCC